GAAAUAGCACUAAGUCAUCAUACGUUGAUUGAUUUAUUAUACAUAUUUGUUGUCACAUUUAUCGCGGCGCUCCGGCGACCCUUGUGAGGAUCAGCGGCUCGGGAAACGGCUGGAUAGACCAAUCGCGUCUGGAUGCUUCUCCUUUUCAUCGAGGAGGGAUUCGCUCGGGCUCAGAAGACGGCAGAUGACGCUUCCAAAGGGCUCAAACCGUCCCAGAGGCCGCCGCGUUCUCGCCACUGCGGGAACUGGAUGCGGCACGCGGACGGCGGCAGCUUUAGCUCUCCAAACUACCCCAACACCUACCCACCCAACAAGGAGUGCCUGUAUGUACUCGAAGCGCUCCCCCGGCAGAGGAUCGAGCUGCUGUUCGACGAGUCCUUCUACAUCGAGGCGUCCUUCGAGUGUCGCUUUGACCACAUCGAGGUGCGCGACGGCCCCUUCAGUUUCUCGCCGCUCAUCAACCGCUUCUGCGGCGCCACCUGCCCCGGGCUGGUGCUCUCCAGCGGGCGCUUCAUGUGGAUCCGCUUCUACAGCGACGAAGAACUGGAGGGGAUCGGUUUCCGGGUCCGCUACAGCUUCACGGCGGACCCGGAGUUCCAUCUGCAUGUGGGGGGACUCCUAAACCCCAUCCCAGAUUGUCAGUUUGAGCUGUCCGGGGCCGAUGGCCUGAUCCGAUCCAGCCAGGUGGACGAGGAGUACCAGGUUAAGCCCGACCAGGCCGUGGACUGCAUCUGGACCAUACGCGCGCCGACUAACAACAAGAUUUACCUGAGAUUCCUGGAGUACCAGAUGGAGAACUCCAACGAGUGCAAGAAGAACUUUGUGGCUGUUUAUGAUGGAAGCAACGCCAUCGAGGACCUCAAGGCCAAGUUUUGCAGCACGGUGGCCAACGACAUCAUGCUGGACACGGGCGUGGGCGUGGUCAGGAUGUGGGCGGACGAGAGCAGCCGCCUCAGCCGCUUUCGGAUGUUGUUCACGUCGUUUGCUGACCCGCCGUGUGUGGGCGGCACGUUCUUCUGCCACAGUAACAUGUGCAUCAACAACUCUCUGGUGUGCAACGGCAUCCAAAACUGUGUCUUCCCCUGGGACGAAAGCAACUGCAAAGAGAAGAAGCAGAAAGGAAUCUUCCAGCACAUGACGAGGACUCACAGCACGGUGAUCUGCGUGUCCACCGGCGUGGUCAUGCUCCUCCUCGUGGUCUCCAUCUUGGUUCAGGUCAAGCAGCCGCGCAAGAAGGUGUUGGUGCGCAAGAAUAACUUGUUCCAGCGUGGCGACUUCCAGGGGGUGUUUGAGCCUCCGCAUUAUGAACUCUUGACGCUGCGGGAAAAGGUCAGCGUUCUCAAUUAUAGUGUAUAGAUAUCCAUCCAUUUUCUUAGCCGCUUAUCCACACAAGGGUCAAGGGAGUGCUGGAGCCAAUCCCAGUCGUCAUCGAGAGAAAGGCGGUUAACACCCCGAACUGGUUGCCAGCCAAUCGCAGGGCACAUGGAGAAAAAACAUCCACUCUCACAUUCUCACCUAUGGACAAUUUAGAGUCUCCAAUUAAUGUUGCAUGUUUUUGGGAUGUGGGAGGAAACCGGAGAAAAUGCAAACUCCACACAGGCGGGUCCGGGAUCAAACCCGGGACCUCAGAACUGUGAGGCCAACGCUUUCCAGCUGAUCCACCGUGCCGUCUAAAUCAAACACAUGAAUUACAAAAAAAAAAAAUAGCUAGCAGAAUGCUAACCCAAGUGUAAGUGCUAAAUAACGGUCCAAUGACUGUUGAGGCAACGGAUGUUUGAACACAAAGGACGCAACAAAACAUGGAAACAUGCAAUCUAGGCAUAUGUUCUUUGAACUCUGCAAAAAAAAAAAAAAAUACUAAUAUAACUGCAGGUUACUGAAUCACUUAGUUGUAAAACUUUUUUUAAAAAUGUGUACUACAGGCCUGUAAUAUCUUGUUCCUGGGUGGCCAGAGGGAGCAAACUUAGCAUUCUAUGCAAUUCAGUUAUUAAUGCAAAUACAAUAUUGUAGAGUGCAAUUUCUUUCCAAAAAAAAAUUAUUUAAAAAGUCUUGUAGGUACUUCAAAGGCAGUUUGAAAAAAACCUGACUUGUUGAAACGUGUUGCAGAAGCAGUCCGGUGACCUGGGAGAUCUUUCCGAGGAGCUCCAGUCCCUGCAAGCUCUGAGGAGGUCGUCUUCUUCAGGCUCUCGGUGUGUUCACGAGCACCACUGCGGCUCUCAGGCCUCGCUCAACUCCA